GAUGUUCUCUCUCUUCCUCUCUUGUUAUCGUUCUUAUUUCUCUCUCCUCGCAUAGCAUAGAUGAUGGCCGGUCACUGCUGCUGCUCGCUUUCGAGGAUGAUUCGCCGCUAUUGCACGCCGCCCCUUAGCCGGGAUUUUUAGCGGCAGCGCCGCCGAUAUCCAGCGGGAACCCUAAUUAUGGCAAUCUGUAGUGCGUGGUUGAGCGUUCUUCCCAAGGGGAAGAGGAAGAGGUUGAAAGGGAUCUUCAAGUCAAAGCCACGGACGCCGGCCGAGAUCGUGAGGCAAACCCGCGAUCUCCUUGUAUACAUUGAUAUGAAAUCGAAUACUCACGAUGGCAAACGCGAGGAGAAGAUCGCCGAGCUUUGUAAAUUGAUUCGGGAGUUGAAAUCUUUGUUAUAUGGGGACAGUGAAGCUGAACCGGUGCCUGAAGUAUGUGCACAAUUGACUAAAGAAUUUUUCAGAGAGAACACACUACGUCUUCUCAUAAUUUGUCUUCCAAAAUUGAACCUUGAGGCUCAAAAAGAUGCUACUCAAGUAGUUGCAAAUUUGCAAAGGCAGCCGGUUCAUUCACGAUUAAUUGCUUCUGAUUAUUUGGAAGCAAACAAAGACCUUUUGGGCAUUUUAAUAUCUGGAUAUAACAAUAUGGAUAUCGCCUUACAUUAUGGUGCCAUGUUGAGGGAGUGCAUCAGACAUCAAAGUAUUGCAAGGUCUGUUCUGGAGUCUGAACACAUGAAAAAGUUUUUUGACUAUUUGCAGCUUCCAAAUUUUGACAUAGCAUCAGAUGUGUUUGCAACUUUUAGGGUAAACUAACUUUAUCCUGUUCUCCAUGAAUAGUCAGAGCUAUUUUUUGUUAA